UUAUUAUUAUAAGUAUACAGAGAUGGCUGACAAUCCGACCGAGGAGGCACCACCGGUAGAAGUAGCUCCUGCUGAGGAGGUGCCCGUUGUAGAGGAAGCUCCAUUGGAGGCAAUUGCUGAGGAGAUGGUGGCGGAAAUCACUGGAGAGGAGGAAAAGGGCGAAGAAGAUAUAACUGGUGAAGGUCAAUUUCAGUCGGAGUUGCCGAACGAGGAUGAACAGGCUCCAAAGGAAGGUCAGGAGAUUCAAGCCAAACCAAAGGGCCUCAUAACCGCCGAGGAACGAAAGCGCGAAAAGCUAUUGAAGCUAAAGCAAAGGCUCGAAGAGCGCAAAGCGGAGGAGGCGGAGGCUGCUCCUCCGGUGAUUCCAGUGAAACCUGAAAAGGUUCAGGGUGAAGCCGAGUUUAAGGAGGAUGAAGAGAUCAGGAAUGAAGAGGAAAGCAGGGAGGACUUACCGCGAGAAUCCGUUCGCACCUAUACGUCGUUGCAAUCCGAAGAAUCUGAUGAAGAUUUGGCCGAGGAUGAGGAUAUAAAGGCCAUUCUAAACGCAAAAAUCCCAACUCCAGAGGACGUCAUUAGUAUGGAUGAGGAUCUACAGUCUGUUGUCAGCGAGGAAACGCCCCGUCCAAGAUUGGGAAAGUCCUUAAAAGACGAGUUCAUCCGCGAAUUCGACAGCUUGCCCAGUAUUUCGGACAUAUCGCUCACUUCGGACGAAGAACCCGAACCGGAAGUCGUGGCCGAGAAGAAAUCCUUGACUUUACCAGACACUGGACACUUUGUGGACGCCUCAGAGGAUCCUGGCGAGGGCGAAUCGGAGUCUAGCUCCGCUCGGGAUGCCAGCACUGCGGCGACUACAGUGGCCGAGGCCGAGGAGGACGAGGAGUCUGUGAUAAUGGACGAUUUUCCCGAGGAACAUGUACCUGUGGAGAAGCAAGUGGGUUUCGGCGAAGAAGUGGACACCAUGGCCAUGUUUGCCGUGGCCGUGGAUGCAGACAUCGGACCCACCCAGGAGCUAGCCGUUGAGGUGGAGGAACCCUUCUGGCAUCGCCUCACCUUAGAUUUCCUCAACCACCUAAUCAACGUUGUGGUGGCCAAUGUGGAGAACGCCGACAAGAACAAGGAGCACUUGCUGGACAAAAGCAAGAUGAUGGUUCAACUGCAGAUCCUCGUAGACGAAUACCAACUGGAGAAGUACCAGAACUCCCAGCUGAAUAAUGUGGUAUGCGAAUAUUUCCGGCGCAUUCGCAAGAACAACAAUUUUCAGCCACUGCCGCCGGAUGAUGUGCGUGGCGAACUGAAUCGCUAUAUGAAUGCCCUCAACGUGGUCGACAAUUUGAUGGAGCGGGUGAAGAUGAUGAAGUUCAAGUACGGCCAUGCCACCUCGCGGGCCAUGAUGGAGCUCAACUCGCUCUCCGUGCUCGCCUACAACGAGGAGCAGCGCCUGGGGGCCUUCAUGCAGAAGACCCUCGUCCGCAAGGACAUGGAUCGGCUGAAGCGCGCCUUGGACAACGACCUCCGGCGCAUGCAGGACCUGCGCAACCAGGUCAGCGUGAAGCGCUUCGAACUCAAUCUCAACCUUCAUAACCUGGCUUUCGUGGAUGAGAAAGUAAUGAAAUUUGAGAAUGUCACUGAGACAUUGACGAUCUCCCAGAUGAUGUGCGCCAACGAAUCUAUAAUACAGUUAAACAAACUAUUAGAGGAAAAAUGCAAGGAUGUGGCGGUAAUGCAAAUGAACUACAAGAAGUCGAUGAUCGAGGAGACCUGCAUCCGGGAGAAGCGCGACAUGAUCGCCUACACGCUGUCGAAGGCAAAGAAAGAGUAUGUCGAACGGUUCGAGCACCGGAAUAGGCUGCGCAAGGAGCUGACCAGGCUCCAAGUGGAGCACGCCAAGCUGAAGACCCAGCGGGCCAAGCUGGAGGCCAAGGGCGGACUCCUCUUCAAGACGGGCCUGAUGUACGACUACGACAAGUGCAUGAUCGAUAUAGAGACUCGUCGCAGCAAAAUUCAGGCCAUGAAGAAGACAUGCUUCGAUCUAACCAAACGCAUCUUUGCUGUGGAACACUCGAAACACGAGUCCAGUAUUUCGGUGCGCCAUCUGAAUUUAUAGUUUUGCAUUUGUAGUUUUCUAUUUUCACUAAUAUCUCUAAUAAAUUUGAGUGCAUCUUGUAAA